UGAUUUUGCAUUUCCAGGGAGAGAACUGUAUGUAAACAAUACAGUUCUCUCCCUUGCCAGCUCCAGCACACUGCUUUGUAUGGCUCUGCAUAACAGAACAAUGCAAAGCAGUGUGCUUACAGUUGAAAGCACACACACAGCUUACUGUGGAACAGCACACAGCACACAGUUAACCCUUUGAUUGCCCCACAUGUUAACCCCUUUCUGCCCAGUGCCAUUAGUACAGUGUCGGUGCUUUUUAUUAGCACUGAUCACUGUAUUAGUGUCACUGGGGAUUUCACUGACACCAAUUCAGUUCCCCCCAGUGUCAGAAUGCCCGUCACAGUCCUGCUAU